AUGGCUACGCAUAAAGUUGUACCAAACACGAAGAAUGAGUCUAUUCUGAUUGGAAUGCGUGAUGGCGUGACGGGGAAAUUCUCACUUCGUCCUCGAAAUGAAGCUGUCGUAUCAGUCUUUGACUCAAACUUCCUCAUCGGCGACGGGAUCUGGGAAGGUGUUCGUGUCUGUCGUGGUAGAGUCCAAUUCGCAAAAGCCCACAUCGAUAGACUAUUCCAAUCAGCAAAAGCCAUGGACAUGAAUCUUGGUCUCUCUCGAGGCGCGUUACUGAAACUCAUUCACGACACAGUGGACGCAAACGGCAUGCAAGACUCCGAUGGAAUCCACAUCCGCCUCGUGGUCAGUCGAGGCCUGAAGUCAACACCGUACCAGAAUCCAUCUGUCAAUAUCGGGCUCCCUUUGAUUGUGAUCAUACCCGAGAUCAAAGUUGCAGACCCCGUAGCAAAAUCACGUGGACUUCGUCUCAUCACUUCACACAUCCGACGCGGAACACCAGAUGUUAAAGAUGAGAUGUGGAACCACAUUUCCAAAGCAACUGAUGUGCAAGCCUGUAUAGGUGCUAAUGUCGUGGGAGCCGACGAAGCACUGAUGCUAGAUCCAAAUGGCCAUGUCAAGACUUGCAACAGCACCAACUUUUUCAUCGUGCGGCCUGGUGGCGAAGUAUGGGCGCCGACGAGAGCAUACCAGAUGCAAGGAAUUACGCGAGAGAAAACACUGGCGAUAUGUAGGGAGAAUGGCAUCCCGGUACGUGAGUGCGACUUCACGCUUACGGAGACGUACGGCGCUGAUGAAGCCUUUUGUACUGGGACCUUCCCGAGUCAUAUAUGUGUAGUGAGUGUUGAUGGGAGGAAGAUUGGAGAGCGGGAUGAGGAAGGGCCGGGGCCAGUGACGAGGAGUAUUGCAGAGUUGUAUAAAAAUUAUGUUGAGCAGGACGUGGGAAGGACACGGGAGACGAUCAUGGCAGAGGUCGCGCCAUUGAGCGCCAAAUUAUAG